AUGAGACGUCGUACUGACCUCGUCUCAUGCGCGCCCUGCUCCGGCAAAAGCACCCUCUGUACCUCUCUCGCUGACCGAUAUGGUCUCGACCACUUCUCCAUCGGCAACGAGAUGCGCGAGUUCAUCAAAGCAGAACCUACAGGCCCCGCUGCUCUCAUUAAGCCCACAUUCACUGCCGACGAGAUCGCAACGUACACGAGGAACGUGAAAGCCAACACUUUAGCUCCGGUCAAUCUCACGCCCAAGUAUGUCAAAGAACGGAUCUUCGGUGUCGGCGCACGUCCCAGCAUCGUGUGCGUCCUCAUCGAUGGCUUCCCGCGCGAUGCAGCACGAUGGCCAUACUUCAAAGACGCCGUUGGGCAGCAUUGGAGACCGAGUGAAAAAGCUGUACUUAUCGUGUUACAUGCCAGUAGGGAAACGACAAAAGAGCGUUUCGAGAAGAGAGGUAGGGCGGGCGACGAGUUUGAUAAAAGGUUUGAUGAGCACGAGAAGAGCAUUAACCCAAUUAUUGAGGUGAUGAAGAGUGAUGGGUUGACGAUGAUUGAGUUGUCCGUGAACCACGGGAGGAGCGCGGAAGAGUUGAUUGAUGACUUCGAGCAAAUGCCAGCGUGGAUUAGCGCGCUUGAGGAGAAGUCAACUUCCGCUGUAGACGAGGAGAGCAGUCUCAGCGCGCCCUGA